AUGCAGGAAAAAAUAGAAGCUAUAUCUGCAUCCCAGAUGGAGUGCCUGGCGGCGACGGCCUUCCUGUUGGGCUCCCCGCUCCAGCGAGACCAACCCCGUGCGGGAGAAGCGGUGCAAUCGUCAAUGCGAAUUGCGUAUGAAUUACUUGCACGCGAAAUUGAUCCAGAGCGCAUCAUUUCGGUGAUUCAAUCUCACGCCUCUGAGUUUGAUCCUCCACCAUAGAAUAUAACGUGCAAGUGCUGCAAUUAUUUAAUCAUUAUGAACUAUUAUUUGCUUUGGAGUGCCUUCCAUUCUCUU